UCAUCCCUAGAUACCGACAACGCCCAUCUCUAAUCUCUGAAUUCGGCGAACGCAGGGCGUUUCAAAACAGACCGAAAAGUCGUUAACUUAUUGGUGCCUUGAGCCACAGAAUCUCUAACAUGGGCCUUAAAGGUUGUGAAGUGCAAUUGGACAACCCGUGGAACACCUACUACGCCGGUCAGACGGUCAACGGCCAGGUGAAGUUCACGUUCGACUCGCCCAAGAAAGUCCGAGGUAUUAUCAUUCGGUUCCUGGGAGAAGCCAACACCGAGUGGUCAGAGGAGAAGAGCGUGACCACCAGCGAGGGCAAGACCGAGAACGAGGUGACCCAACUGAAAGGGCAUGAGGAGUACUUCAAGAUCCAGUACUAUCUGCUGGGCGGCAAAAACAGCUCUGAGACGGAACUGCCGCCUGGCACUCACACUUAUCCAUUCACCUGUGCCCUGCCGCCUAAUCUACCCUCAUCCUUUGAGGGCGAAUUCGGCCACGUGCGCUAUACCAUCAAGGUGACGCUUGAUCGUCCGUGGAAAUUCGAUCAGGACAUGAAGAUGGCGUUCACAGUAAUAGCGCCCGUUGAUCUGAAUCUCAAUCCUCGAGUCAAGGAGCCAUUCAGGCUCGAGCUAGAAAAAUCCUUCUGCUGUUUUUGCUGUCGCUCAGGACCGCUGGCUGUCAUCACGAACAUCCCGCAAACAGGAUUCGUUUCGGGGCAGGUGCUUCCCAUCACCUGCGAGGUGGACAACACCAGCAACGUAAAUCUCACGGCAGUGAAGUUUGAACUGCGAAAGCUGGUCACCUUCCACACGAACCAGCCACGGAGCGAGAAGCGCGAGUCCAAGGUGAUCAUAGCCAACUUAAGUGUUGGCCCGGUCAAUGGCGGCGAGUCUCGCACGUUUACGCAGCAAAUGGAAAUUCCGGCGUUGCCACCGACUAACCUCCUCAACUGCGGCAUUAUAGCUUUGGACUACGACUUGCAUGUGGAGUGCGAGGUGAGCGGUCCGCACCGCAAUCUCACCGGCAAGGUGCCAAUCACCUUGGGCACUAUUCCAUUGGCUGGCGUACGGCCACCUACUCAAUUUACGGAUGCUCCGUCCGCGGUUCAGUCCGAGGAUCCAUCGCUGGCUCCCACACAGCCAGUGAGUCCGGCCAGCCCUCCUGGAGGCGAUGGCGUGGGUGGUGCUCUGGGCUGGAACGUGGCUGACAGCACUGGUGGUGGAUCACUGUAUCCUAAUAUACCGCCACCCCAGUUUGUGGAGACACAGUACCGGGCACCAACGAUCGCCGGUAGGGACGACUCCGAGCAUACGCAGAUGAUCGGGGACGGAGCCUUCGCACCUCGUUAUCCGACCUUCCAGUUUAAUAAUGCCACAGCACCGCCAGCAAACCAGUGAUCGAAUCUCUAAGCUAGACCCACAAUGAUAUUCUUAAACUUUGAUGUCGAACUAUUUUUUUCUGGCUGUCUCUGGAGGGUUCUCUUUCGCAAUUUUUAUCGGCUUUGCAUUUAUGGAAUAAUAGCUUUCCGUCCAAAUAGGAAGCAUUAACAGCUGCAGUCAAAAUAAAAAAGACAGUUUUUUGAAAUGCGUAACUUCCGUUACUAAUUAAAUAGCUUUCGGUCAGUAAAUACAAGGAAUUAAGGCUUUAUUGUUUUGACUGCAUCUGUGUUUAAUUUAAUAAUCGUAUAAAUACGCACAAUUGUCAAUUCCGAUUUAAAAUGCUCAAAUUUAAUUUUUUUCUGUUUUUAUAAGCCAGCAAUAGUGCCUGAAACUGAUGUACGACUAUAAUCGUAAUAAAACACAAAAGAUAAUGAA